AUGGCAGCCAGUGAUGUGGCUGUAGGAAUCAUCUUCCUGGCACAGACUGUGGUUGGAGUUCUGGGCAAUUCCUCUCUUUUCCUCCAUUACCUGGUCCUUUACUUCCCUGGGUGCAGGGUAAGACACACAGACUUGAUUCUUCAGCACUUGAUUGUGGCCAACUCAUUAGCUCUCCUGUGUAGAGGAGUUCCCCAGACAAUGGCAGCUUUUGGAAUGAAAGAUUUCACCAGUGAUAUUGAUUGUAAGCUGCUGUUUGCUCUUCACAAGGUGGGCAGGAAUGUGUCCAUGUGGAGCACUUGCUUCCUGAGCAUCUUUCAGGUCAUUAAGAUUAGUUCUGGGAACUCUAGGUGGGUUGAGCUUAAAAUGAAAGCUCCCAGGUACAUCAUUUCCUGCAUAUACCUGAGCUGGGUCCUAUCCCUCCUUCUAAAUGUUAUAAAUUUUAUGUACAUGACUGCAAAAAAAGGGAACAAAACCAUCACCCAUGUAAAAGACUAUGGGUACUGUUCUAGCAUGCGUCAUGACCCAACGACUGAUUCACUGUUAGCAGUAUUGCUAACCUUUCCUGAUGCUAUGUGCGUGGGGCUCAUGCUUUGGGCCAGCAGCUCCAUGGUACUCGUCCUGCACAGGCACAAGCAGAGAAUGCAGCAUGUCCAUAAGACCAGCUCUUUAAGGUGCUCCCCUGAGUCCAGAGCCACCAAAACCAUCCUCCUCCUGGUGAGCACCUUUGUCUCCUUUUACACACUUUCUUGCAUCUUUCAGGUUUGUAUGGGUGCUAUGUACACUCCUAACUGGUUUGUAGUAAAUGCAGCUUUUAUUAUUGCUGGGUGUUUCCCAGCUGCCAGCCCCUUUCUGCUCAUGAGCCUAGGCUACAGUGUAUCUGGGCUCUGCUUUACCUGGAUACAGAAGAGUGGAACCCAUGAUAUCAUGGGAAACAUGUAA